AUGGAGGAUAAUGGUGGUGGGAAUGCAUUACCCCGUUCUUAUUGGUACAGUCCUAUUGACUUCAUCAAAUAUCUGACCAGGAGGGGAGCCGAGGUCAAUAAGGAGGAUAAUGGUGGUAGGACUGCAUUACACCGUGCUGCUUGGAACGGUCAUAUUGACGUCAUCAAAUAUCUGAUCAGUGAGGGAGCUGAGGCCAAUGAGGAGGAUCAUGAUGGUUGGACUGCUUUACACUAUGCUGCUAACAACGGUCAUAUUGACGUCAUCAAAUACCUGAUCAGUGAGGGAGCUGAAGUCAAUAAGAAGGAUAAUGGUGGUGGGACUGCAUUACACCCUGCUGCUAACAAUGGUCAUAUUGACGUCAUCAAAUAUCUCAUCAGUGAGGGAGCUGAGGUAAAUAAGGAAGAUAAUGAAGGCGAGCCUGCAUUACAGCUUGCUGCUUUGUUCGGUCAUAUUGACGUCAUCAAAUAUCUGAUCAGUGAGGGAGCUGAGGUCAAUAAGGAGGAUAAUGAUGGUGGAACUGCACUACACCGUGCUGCUAGCAAUGGUCAUAUUGACGUCAUCAAAUAUCUGAUCAGUGACGGAGCUGAGGUUAAUAAGGAUGAUAAUGAUGGUUGGACUGCAUUACACUAUGCUGCUAACAACGGUCAUAUUGACGUCAUCAAAUAUCUGAUCAGUGAGGGAGCUGAGGCCAAUGAGGAGGAUAAUCGUGGUGUGACUGCAUUACACCGUGCGGCUAACAGUGGUCAUAUUGACGUCAUCAAAUAUCUGAUCAGUGAGGGAGCUGAGAUCAAUACGGAGGAUAAUGGUGGUGGGACUGCACUACACCGUGCGGCUAACAGUGGUCAUAUUGACGUCAUCAAAUAUCUCAUCAGUGAGGGGGCUGAGAUCAAUAAGGAGAACAAUGGUGGUGGGAUUGCAUUACACCAUGCUGCUAACAACGGUCAUAUUGACGUCAUCAAAUAUCUGAUCAGUGAGGGAGUUGAGGUCAAUAAGGAGGAUAAUAAUGGUUUGACUCCAUUACACCGUGCGGCUAACAGUGGUCAUAUUGACAUCAUCAAAUACCUGAGCAGUGAGGGAGCUGAGGUCAAUAAAGAGAAUAAUAAUGGUUUUACUGCAUUACACCAUGCGGCUAACAGUGGUCAUAUUGACGUCAUCAAAUAUCUGAUCAGUGAGGGAGCUGAGAUCAAUAAGGAGAAUAAUGGUGGUGGGACUGCAUUACACCUUGCUGCUAACAACGGUCAUAUUGACGUCAUCAAAUAUCUGAUCAGUGAGGGAGCUGAGAUCAAUAAGGAGGAUAAUGGUUGUGAGACUGCAUUACACCGUGCUGCUUUGAAAGGUCAUAUUAACGUCAUCAAAUACCUGAUCAGUGAGGGAGCUGAGGUCAAUAAGGAGAAUAACAAUGGUUUGACUGCUUUACACCAUGCGGCUAACAGUGGUCAUAUUGACGUCAUCAAAUAUCUGAUCAGUGAGGGAGCUGAGAUCAAUAAGGAGGAUAAUGGUGGUGGGACUGCAUUACACCGUGCUGCUUUGAAAGGUCAUAUUGACGUCAUCAAAUACCUGAUCAGUGAGGGAGCUGAGGUCAAUAAGGAGAAUAAUAAUGGUUUGACUGCAUUACACCAUGCGGCUAGCAGUGGUCAUAUUGACGUCAUCAAAUAUCUGAUCAGUGAGGGAGAUGAGAUCACUAAGGAGAAUAAUGGUGGUGGGACUGCAUUACACCUUGCUGCUUCGAACGGUCAUAUUGACGUCAUCAAAUAUAUGGUAAGUGAGGGAGCUGAGGUCAAUAAGGAGGAUAAUAAUGGUUGGACUGCAUUACACCUUGCUGCUAACAGUGGUCAUAUUGACGUCAUCAAAUAUCUGAUCAGUGAGGGAGCUGAGGUCAAUAAGGAGGGUAAUCGUGGUUUGACUGCAUUACACCUUGCUGCUUGGAACAGUCAUAUUGACGUCAUCAAAUAUCUGAUCAGUGAGGGAGCUGAGGUCAAUAAGGAUGAUAAUGGUUGUGGGACUGCAUUACACCGUGCUGCUGAGAGUGGUCAUAUUGACGUCAUCAAAUAUCUGAUCAGUGAGGGAGCUGAGAUCAAUAAGGAGGAUAAUGGUGAUGGGACUGCAUUACACCGUGCUGCUUUGAAAGGUCAUAUUGACGUCAUCAAAUACCUGAUCAGUGAGGGAGCUGAGGUCAAUAAGGAGGAUAAUAAUGGUUUGACUGCAUUACACCAUGCGGCUAACAGUGGUCAUAUUGACGUCAUCAAAUAUCUGAUCAGUGAGGGAGCUGAGAUCAAUAAGGAGAAUAAUGGUGGUGGGACUGCAUUACACCUUGCUGCUUCGAACGGUCAUAUUGACGUCAUCAAAUAUAUGGUUAGUGAGGGAGCUGAGGUCAAUAAGGAGGAUAAUAAUGGUUGGACUGCAUUACACCUUGCUGCUAACAACGGUCAUAUUGACGUCAUCAAAUAUAUGGUUAGUGAAGGAGGUGAGGUCAAUAAGGAGAAUAAAGGUGGUGGGACUGCAUUGCACCGUGCUGCUUGGAACGGUCAUAUUGACGUCAUCAAAUAUCUUAUCAGUGAGGGAGCUGAGGUCAAUAAGGAGGAUAAUAAUGGUUUGACUGCAUUACACCAUGCGGCUAACAGUGGUCAUAUUGACGUCAUCAAAUAUCUGAUCAGUGAGGGAGCUGAGAUCAAUAAGGAGAAUAAUGGUGGUGGGACUGCAUUACACCUUGCUGCUUCGAACGGUCAUAUUGACGUCAUCAAAUAUAUGGUUAGUGAGGGAGCUGAGGUCAAUAAGGAGGAUAAUAAUGGUUGGACUGCAUUACACCUUGCUGCUAACAACGGUCAUAUUGACGUCAUCAAAUAUCUGAUCAGUGAGGGAGCUGAGGUCAAUAAGGAGGAUAAUGAUGGUUGGCAUGCAUUUAACUGUGCUGCUUGCAACGGUCAUAUUGACGUCAUCAAAUAUCUUAUCAGUGAGGGAGCUGAGGUCAAUAAGGAGGGUAAUUGUGGUUUGACUGCAUUACACCAUGCUGCUUGGAACAGUCAUAUUGACGUCAUCAAAUAUCUGAUCAGUGAGGGAGCUGAGGUCAAUAAGGAUGAUAAUGGUUGUGGGACUGCAUUACACCGUGCUGCUGAGAGUGGUCAUAUAGACGUUAUCAAAUAUCUGAUCAGUGAGGGAGCUGAGGUCAAUAAGGAGGAUAAUCAUGGUGUGACUGCAUUACACCGUGCUGCAAACAGUGGUCAUAUUGACGUCAUCAAAUAUCUGAUCAGUGAGGGAGCUGAGGUCAAUAUGGAGGAUAAUGGUGGUGGGACUGCAUUACACUCUGCUGCUUUGAACCGUCAUAUUGACGUCAUCAAAUAUCUGAUCAGUGAGGGAGCUGAGGUCAAUAAGGAGGAUAACGGCGGUGGUACUGCAUUACACUUGGCUGCUGAGAAAGGUCAUAUUGAGGUCAUCAAAUAUCUGAUUAGUGAGGGAGCUGAGGUCAAUAAGGAGGGUAAUCGUGGUUUGACUGCAUUACACCAUGCUGCUUGGAACAGUCAUAUUGACGUCAUCAAAUAUCUGAUCAGUGAGGGAGCUGAGGUCAAUAAGGAUGAUAAUGGUUGUGGGACUGCAUUACACCGUGCUGCUGAGAGUGGUCAUAUAGACGUUAUCAAAUAUCUGAUCAGUGAGGGAGCUGAGGUCAAUAAGGAGGAUAAUCGUGGUGUGACUGCAUUACACCGUGCUGCAAACAGUGAUCAUAUUGACGUCAUCAAAUAUCUGAUUAGUGAGGGAGCUGAGGUCAAUAAGGAGGAUAAUGGUGGUGGGACUGCAUUACACUCUGCUGCUUUGAACCGUCAUAUUGACGUCAUCAAAUAUCUGAUCAGUGAGGGAGCUGAGGUCAAUAAGGGGGAUAACGGCGGUGGUACUGCAUUACACUUGGCUGCUGAGAAAGGUCAUAUUGAGGUCAUCAAAUAUCUGAUUAGUGAGGGAGCUGAGGUCAAUAAGGAGGGUAAUCGUGGUUUGACUGCAUUACACCAUGCUGCUUGGAACAGUCAUAUUGACGUCAUCAAAUAUCUGAUCAGUGAGGGAGCUGAGGUCAAUAAGGAUGAUAAUGGUUGUGGGACUGCAUUACACCGUGCUGCUGAGAGUGGUCAUAUUGACGUCAUCAAGUAUCUGAUCAGUGAGGGAGCUGAGAUCAAUAAGGAGGAUAAUGGUGAUGGGACUGCAUUACACCGUGCUGCUUUGAAAGGUCAUAUUGACGUCAUCAAAUACCUGAUCAGUGAGGGAGCUGAGGUCAAUAAGGAGGAUAAUAAUGGUUUGACUGCAUUACACCAUGCGGCUAACAGUGGUCAUAUUGACGUCAUCAAAUAUCUGAUCAGUGAGGGAGCUGAGAUCAAUAAGGAGAAUAAUGGUGGUGGGACUGCAUUACACCUUGCUGCUUCGAACGGUCAUAUUGACGUCAUCAAAUAUAUGGUUAGUGAGGGAGCUGAGGUCAAUAAGGAGGAUAAUAAUGGUUGGACUGCAUUACACCUUGCUGCUAACAACGGUCAUAUUGACGUCAUCAAAUAUAUGGUUAGUGAAGGAGGUGAGGUCAAUAAGGAGAAUAAUGGUGGUGGGACUGCAUUGCACCGUGCUGCUUGGAACGGUCAUAUUGACGUCAUCAAAUAUCUGAUCAGUGAGGGAGCUGAGGUCAAUAAGGAUGAUAAUGGUUGUGGGACUGCAUUACACCGUGCUGCUGAGAGUGGUCAUAUAGACGUUAUCAAAUAUCUGAUCAGUGAGGGAGCUGAGGUGAAUAGGGAGGAUAAUGGUUGUGGGACUGCUUUACACCGUGCUACUGAGAAUGGUCACAUUGACGUCAUUAAAUAUCUGAUAAAUGAGGGAGCUGAGGUCAAUAAGGAGGAUAAUGGUGGUGGGACUGCAUUACACCGUGCUACUAACAGUGGUCAUAUUGAUGUCAUCAAAUAUCUGGUCAGUGAGGGAGCUGAGGUCAAUAAGGAGGAUAAUCGUGGUGUGACUGCAUUACACCGUGCUGCAAACAGUGGUCAUAUUGACGUCAUCAAAUAUCUGAUCAGUGAGGGAGCUGAGAUCAAUAUGGAAGAUAAUGGUUGUGGGACUGCAUUACACCGUGCUGCUUGGAACGGUCAUAUUGACAUCAUCAAAUAUCUGAUCAGUGAGGGAGCUGAGGUGAAUAAGGAGGAUAAUGGUUGUGGGACUGCUUUACACCGUGCUACUGAGAAUGGUCACAUUGACGUCAUUAAAUAUCUGAUAAAUGAGGGAGCUGAGGUCAAUAAGGAGGAUAAUGGUGGUGGGACUGCAUUACACCGUGCUACUAACAGUGGUCAUAUUGAUGUCAUCAAAUAUCUGGUCAGUGAGGGAGCUGAGGUCAAUAAGGAGGAUAAACGUGGUGGGACGGCAUUACAAUAUGCUGCUAGCAAUGGUCAUAUUGACGUCACCAAAUAUCUGAUCAGUGAGGGAGCUGAGGUCAAUAAGGAGGAUAAAGAUGGCCAGACUGCAUUACACCGUGCUGAUUGGCCCGGUCAUAUUGACGUCAUCAAAUACCUGAUCAGUGAGGGAGCUGAGGUCAAUAAGAAGGAUAAUGAUGGUUGGAAUGCAUUACACUGUGCUGCUUGCAACGGUCACAUUGAUGUUAUCAAAUAUCUGAUCAGCGAGGGAGCUGAGGUCAAUAAGGAGGAUAAUCGUGGUGGGAAUGCAUUACACCGUGCUGCUAACAAUGGUUAUAUUGAUGUCAUCAAAUAUUUGAUCAGUGAUGGAGCUGAGAUCAAUAAGGAGGAUAAUCGUGGUGGGACUGCAUUACACCGUGCUGCUAACAGUGGUCAUACUGACGUCAUCAAAUAUCUGAUCAGUGAGGGAGCUGAGGUCAAUAAGGAGGGUAAUCGAGGUGGGACUGCAUUAUGCCAUGCUGCUUGGAGCGGUCAUGUUGACGUCAUCAAAUAUCUGAUCAGUGAGGGAGCUGAGGUCAAUAAGGAAGGUAAUCGUGGUGUGACUGCAUUACACCAUGCUGCUUUGAGCGGUCAUAUUGACGUCAUCAAAGAUCUGAUCACUGAGGGAGCUGAGGUCAAUAAGGAGGAUAAUAUUGGUUUGACUGCAUUACACCGUGCUGCUAACAAUGGUCAUAUUGACAUCAUCAAAUAUCUGAUCUCUGAAGGAGCUGAGGUCAAUAAGGAGGAUAAUGAUGGUUUGACUGCAUUACACCGUGCUGCUUGGAAUAGUCAUAUUGACGUCAUCAGAUAUCUGAUCAGUGAGGAAGCUGAGGUUAAUAAGGAGGGUAAUGAAUGUCAGACUGCAUUACACUGUGCUGCUGAGAUUGGUCAUAUUGACGUCAUCAAAUAUCUGAUCAAUGAGGGAGCUGAGGUCAAGAAGGAGGAUAAUGAUGGUUUGACUGCAUUUCACCGUGCUGCUUGGAAUAGUCAUAUUGAUGUCAUCAAAUAUCUGAUCAGUGAGGGAGCUGAGGUGAAUAAGGGGGAUAAUGGUGGUGAGACUGCAUUGCACCAUGCUGCUUUGAGCGGUCAUAUUGACGUCAUCAAAUAUCUGAUCAGUGAGGGAGCUGAGGUCAAUAAGGAGGAUAAUGGUGGUGGGACUGCAUUACACUCUGCUGCUUGGAACGGUCACAUUGACGUCAUCAAAUAUCUGAUCAGUGUGGGAGCUGAGGUCAAUAAAGAGGAUAAUGAUUGUCGGACUGCAUUACACCGUGCUGCAUGGAAAGGUCGUAUUGACGUCAUCAAUUUUCUGAUCAGUCAACGAGUUGAGGUCAAUAAGGGGGAUAAAGAUAGUCGGGCUGCAUUACACUAUGCUGCUGAGAAUGCUCAUUAUGACGUCAUCAAAUACCUUAUCAGCCAAGGAGCAGAUGUGAAUAAAAGAACAGCCAAUGGCUGGAGUGUGUUGCACUGUGCUGCAACAAAUUGCAGUUUUGGCGUCAUCGAAUAUCUGCUCAGUGUUACAGGUGAGGUGAAUCGAAACGCAGAAGAUCAACACGCAUUGCUCCCAAAAGAUGACCCUCUAGAGGUGAAUAAAGCAGACAAUGAAGGGAGAACAUCAUUACACAUCGCCGUUCAGCAUGGUUACAUUGACGUUGUUAAAUUCCUGCUUACAAGUGGAGCACGUAGUGACACAGAAGACAUUCGCGGCCAAACACCCUUACAUCAAUCGAUUACCCUUGGGCAUAGAGACAUUGCUGGUCUGCUUAUCGACAAGUUGAAUGCUAAGAAUGAUUCAGUGGCCAUCCAUCUAGCUGUGAUGUACGGACUUACAUCCAUCAUUGAAAGGAUGAUUGCUAAAGGAUCUGAUAUCAAUGUACAGUCUAAUGACGGUCAGACAUGUCUUCAUAAAGCUAUCAAAUUAUGCUACCAAAAGAAACAGAAUGUUGAAGGCACCGAAACACUCAGAAAGGUAUCCGAAAAAUACUACAGUGGCAGGUUAUCUCCUGAGAAGGCAUUGGUGUUCUAUCUCUUGGAACAUGGAGCCAGGAUUGAUAUUAAGGAUGGAGCAGGUUGCUUACCAAUCCACUAUGCAAAGGAUGAAAUGAUCAGACAGAUGAUAUUGGCAAGGUGA